AUGGAUGAGGUUGCUGUAAGACAUAAAGUGCCGUGCCAUGGCACGUAUGCCAGUCGGCAUGUUGAAAGCUUGCUAGUGGCAUUUGAGAGAAGUUUCCUCAAGCCGAUCGGCAAGAAGCAAGGUAAUUUGACUCGUGCCACUCGGCAAGAAGCAAAGCAAAGGGCGGCUCAUUCCACUCGACAAAAGCAAAGCCAAGGCUUGCCCUUGUCAAGGAGGCUUACCAAUCGGCAAGGCCAAGAGCUUGGUCGUGCUCAUGCCACUUGGCAAAAGCAAAGCCAAGAAUUUGGGCUUGCUCAUGCUACUCAGCAAAAGCCAAGGCUUGGGUUUGCUCAUGUCAGUCUCGGCAAGUAUGAGUUCUACUUGCCCACGUUUGGCAUCCAAGGUAAUUAA